UUCCCCUUCACCUUCACCUUCACCCCUUCCCAUUCCCCUCUAGCUCUAAAGUGUGCACAGUUUCCUCCUUUUUAAGAGAGUCCUCUUUAUUGCACAAGUUGUCUCCAGCUGAGUUUCGUUUUAGGAUAAUUCUCUCCUUCGCCCUGGUAUAUUAAAAGCGGGAAUUUAUAAAUAUCUAGGUAACCAUUGUGCCGGAUCAAGCUACCAAAGAAAUAAUAUGUAUUGUUUUAAAACAGAAAACAAAUGUGGAAUUUUCGAAGCAAAAAACUUGCACGACUCCUUCGAAACUAUCCUGGAUACAAGACAAUUGGAGAGUUUGCUUUUCUUCCAGUCUUUUUUGUAGGCGGAGCAGCUUUGGAAUAUGUAAUGAUAAACUGGCAUUUUGGAGAAGUCAACUUCUAUAGAACAUUUAAACGAAGACAAGCAAAGGAACAAGCAGAAGCUAUUGUCCAUCAAUAUUUAGCAAAAAAAAAUCAAGUUGAAAGUUAGUACAUUUUUUUCUUUCUGAAUUAAAAUGCCUUACGGAGUA